AUGAAUGCGAGUUUUCCAGAAGCUUUUAUCCUUGUGGGCUUUACCAAAUACCCAUGGCUGGAUCUUCCUCUUUUCUUCGUUUUCCUGACCUCCUACACGCUCACGUUGCUGGGAAAUAUUGCUAUUAUCCUGGUAUCUCAAUUCGAUUCUCAACUCAAAAGUCCUAUGUAUUUUUAUCUCACCAACCUUUCGUUUUUGGAUCUCUGUUUCACCACUACAACAGUACCUCAAAUGCUGUUCAACUUAGGGGGACCAAACAAGAACAUCACUUACAUAGGCUGCAUGGCCCAGGCCUAUGUAUUCCACUGGCUAGGCUGUACUGAAUGUGUCUUGCUUGGUAUCAUGGCCCUAGACCGCUAUGUGGCUGUGUGUAAGCCUCUGAGGUACUCUGUGAUCAUGGAUCAUAAACUCUGCCUGCACCUGUCCAGCACUGCAUGGCUCACUGGUCUGGCCAAUUCCCUACUGCAGUCCACACUCACAGUCCAGCUGCCUCUCUGUGGGAACCAGGUGCUGGACCACUUCUUUUGUGAGUUGCCCGGUCUUAUUAAGAUGGCUUGUGUGGACAGCACAGUCAACGAGAUGACUUUAGCAGUGGUGGCCACCCUCCUGAUAAUGGGUCCUCUCUCCAUGAUUCUUGUCUCCUACAGUUACAUUGCCAAAGCUGUAUUUCGAAUUCCUUCUGCUGCUGGGAGACUGAAGGCCUUCAACACUUGCUCAUCCCACUUACUCGUGGUGUCUUUAUUUUACGGGCCUGGCAUCUACAUUUACAUGCAGCCCUCGGGAGAUGGUCCUCAAGACCUUGUCAAAGUCUUGACCUUGUUUUACUGCGUGAUUACUCCUAUGGCCAAUCCAUUCAUCUACACCCUGAGGAACAAGGAUGUUAUAGGAGCUUUGAAGAGGCUUCUGAGGAAAGCCGUUUCAUUGAAGAGCAUAUGA